AUGCUCAGCCUGCCGGCUUGCCGAUGGGCCAAAUGCAAUGCCAGUCAACCGGUGCCAGUAGUACGUUCACGUUUUUGCACGAAUCGAUCGCACGCGAUGACUCAUCGGCACGACGGCAAAGUCUGGCCAGUCGGCAGCCGGCGGCACCAGAUGGUUGCAGCAUUGGGUGACGUGUCGCGCCUACAGCUCAGGCCCGGCUCGGCUCGGCUGGGCUGGGCUGGGCAUACUCGCGAGACGGUGAGCAUGGUUCAUUUGUCUUUUUCGCCUCGUGGCCUUUUCUGUUGGCACAAUCCAGUCAUCGGCCCUCGACGCCAGCCAAUCCUCCUUCGGUCCUCGGCGCCAACCAGUCUUGACCGCCAAUUCCGCCCUCCAAAUGGAGAUUAG